GCUUCUUCAAUUGCUUCUUGGAUCUUCGCAUUCCUUCUGUGAUUUCGUUUCUAGAACUAAGCUCUUUCCAAUUUCCAAGAGUAACAUUCAAGAUAUGGUUCAAUCCCCUUGAAUUGUCAAUGAUUCAUUUGCUUACUUCGAUAGUACUGUGGGGUUUUUCGGAUUCAACAUUUAGUGAAACACUCUGCAAUGAUGGUUUUACGGUGCACCGGAAGGCAUUUUACUACUCAUGUUGUGUGUAUCUUUUGAUUUCACAAGAAAAAGAAGAAAGUGGACAUAAUUGGGUGUUUAGUGCUGAUCAGAUGGAUGUUCGUGGAGGAGCACAUGAAGAUGCAGAAUGGCAAAUAUCUCAGAGUCCGACAAGUGUAAUUGGUCAUUCCAAUGGAGAUGAAGGUCUUGCUCAGCCUAUGCUCGAUUGUGAAUUGGCUACUUCAUGAAAUUAUAUCAUCAAGAAAGUCUAAAUGAUCUUAAAUUGAGAGUGGAGGACGUAAUUAUAAUAUCAAUCUUCAAAAUCUAUUCAAUUAAGAAAUCACAAGAACUUGGGUUUCACUACAACAAAAACAUUUGUUUAUGCAACUCAAAAGGAGUGUAGUUACAAAAACA